GACGGACCCGAGCUUUGCUGACCAAGACAGGAACCAAGUCGAUUCCGAGCUGAGGUAACGGUGAGAUGAGUUGGACAAGCAGUUCGUCCGACCUGAUUGCCCUGGGUAAGAGUAACAAUUCAAUCAAACAUGAGACCGAACGUAUAUAUGUGUCGUAGUUGGUACCAUUUUAAGGUCUCAUCAACAUCAAGUCAAACUUCAAUAUUUCAAGAACAUCUUUCGCAACAAUGGACGCCGACGCUUUCACCAGGCCCUUCCAAUUCACCAAGAGUCUACGUCGCGAAAUUUACCCUUCUAUCGACCCCAAGAACACUGCACUCAAUGCAGCUGGCAAAGUGGUCUUGAUCACCGGUGCUGGCGGUGGUGUUGGAGGUGAAACUGCUCGCGCCUGGGCCAUAGCUGGAGCUCAAGGUAUUGUCCUUGUUGGGCGCAGAGUUGCAUCUCUGCAAGAGCCUGAGGAGGCUAUCUUUACCAUCAACAAGGAUGUCAAGGUCCUGGCUAUAGCCGCUGAUCUGGCAUCUGAGACCGACGUUGAGAAUCUCUUUAAGCAGGUCAAGGAGUCCUUCGAGAAGGUGGAUGUUGUUGUCAACACUGCCGGUACCAUGACAGGUGGACUCAUUGGUGACUUGCCACCUCAGCAAUGGUGGACUGACUUCGAGGUCAACAUCAAGGGCACUCACAACCUGGCCCACCACUACCUCAAGACUUUCGGCGAUGCUGGAACUCUGAUCAACCUCGUCAGCUUCGGAGCCUCCCUUACCCGUCCAGGUAUCUCCUCGUACUCCGUUUCCAAGCUUGCCGUCAUCAAGCUCGGUGAGUACCUCGAUGCCGAGAAGCCCAACCUCCGUGUCUUCAGCGCUCACCCUGGAAUUGUCGCCGCGACUGAAGGAGGACGAGGCAUGGUUAUCGAUGCCUUCACGCCAUUUGCCAAGGAUCCUGGAAUGUUGACUGGUGGACUUUCACUCUACCUCUCGACUCCGAGGGCUAACCAUUUGCGUGGCGGCUUUGUCAGUGUCAACUGGGACGUAGAUGAGAUGGAAGAACACAAGGAGGAGAUCAAGGAGAAGAGAUUGUUACAGCUCUCUUUUCUGAAUGCGAAGCUUAGUCCUGUGGGUCAUGCGUGGUAGUGGCUUGAAGACAUGCGUCAUACGCUCUAGAAGUUAGGAUGUGUGAAUGAGAAAUACCUGACUGGUGAAAGAAG